AUGAGCGACAACGGACCCCAGUUUGGAAGCGCAGAAUUCCGUGAAUUUGCACGCGAGUAUGGUUUUGAACACACAACAACUAGUCCAUAUCAUGCGCAAUCCAAUGGACAAGUGGAGCGAAUGGUUCAGACAGUGAAAAGACUGUUGUUCAAAGCGAAGGACCCUUACUUGGCCUUGCUGGAGUAUAGAAAUACCAGGAUUGAUGGUGUUGAAAUGUCGCCAGCUCAGAUGUUCUUAGGACGUCGCUUGAAAACUCCAUUACCUGCGACAGCACCCUUGUUGACGACCAAUGCAAAUACUCAAAUCUAUGUGAGUCUCAAAUUGCGCCAAGCGAGGCAACAGGAGAACUUUAACAAACAUGCCAUGCAAAAGCCCCUCAAACCACUAGACCCAGGAGACCAUGUCAUGGUCAAACACCCCGCAAAAGGAACUUGGGAGGCUGGUAUUGUCGAGCGUCAACAUACCACUCCGCGCUCAUACGUUGUGGAAAGCAACGGAAGAAAGUAUCGUCGAAAUAGGAGGUACUUGAAGCAAACACGUGCGCGUGCUGAAGUCGAUCAAACAUAUGACAGUAGGACUAUGAACUAUGAUCCAGUCUACGACUACCCAAGACGCGACCUUGAACGCGCUCCAGACCCAGUUCAUCAGGAAGUCAUAGUCCGUAACGACACACGAGAGGUUGUUACGACGCCUCCAAUUUCUGGACAAAAGAUGGAUCCUUCCGAACCAUUACCAAAAGUCACCCGUAGUGGACGUGCCAUUAAUAUCCCAGCACGAUACCGUGACUGA